AUGGCGACCAUGUUCCAGUCGUUGCGGAGUUCCAGCAUGCCCAAGCGGCUGCUGAGAUACGCCCUCUCCCGCUUGGAGCUCCUCGAUGCUGACGCCCUUGAUAUGGACAACCUGGACCUCGCGAUAGGAAGAAAUACCGUCUUCGAGUUCCGAGACGUUGGUAUCAGGUUAAAGAAACUCGAGAAAAUACUUCAACUCCCGUCUUCUUUCGAGCUUCUCAAGGCCAAGGUCCUCCUCCUCCGAAUCACGAUCCCCGUCGACUUUUACACGAGUCCCAUAACAGUCGAGGUUGAUGGCGUGGAUGUCAGGAUACGAGUCGCGAGCCGUGAUACGAUAUCACAUGCGAAACCCUCUCGCCUCUCGCGCACCUCCACCUCAGAUGUCGUCCCUAAUACGGCCGACCUGGCCCAGUCAUUUCUCGAGAACCAACCGGAGGCUGAGAAGAAGAGGCUGGAGGAGGCCAUCGCGGCCGAGACGCAGGAUCUUGGCGCUUCUGUUACGAUUAGCGAUGAUGGUAGUGAGGAGGAGGCAGCAUUCGGGACUGGCCAGCCCUUGUCGCUACCGGCAUUCUUGGCGGACUUUUUGCAAGGAAUUGUAGACCGGACCCAGAUAAGGAUACGGGGUGUCACGUUCCAGCUUGAUAUUGAAGUUCCGCUGGAGGCGACAACUUCGCCGGGUUCCGAUACCGUGACUUUUCAAAUUGCGCUCGAGGGAAUCAACGUCGAGGGCGUCACCGCUCCCGAUCUCGAUGAAAACGGAGUGCCCCUGAUUGUUCACAGGGAAGGAAAACGACAUGUUUCCUUGUCUAAUAUUCGGGCGUACCUCGUGUCAGAGGCGAACGUCUUCUCCGCUUUUGCGCGGUCCCCAUCCGUCGCAUCCCCUGCGAUUCCACGGUCCCCUGUUACUUCCAACCACAGCAGCUUUCGUCAGGGGAGCCUGAGUAGAGAAUCGAGUUCCUUGUCGGCGAACGAUCAGUAUGUGGAUGAUUACCUGGCAAGUUCGAUGACUUUCGGCCAAGAUGAGCCUCCCCUCCGGGAUAGCGAGGUUGCGUUGAACAUACCUUACGACUUUAGCAAUUCAGAUGAAGAAAGUGACGGGCCAGAGGAGGAGGCGGUGGAGGAGGAAGAAGACAGUCCCCCUACUCCUAGGGCCUCUGUUCACCCCGAUUUCCUACCCCAACAGCCUACUAUCACCGUGUCGCAGUCUACAAACAUAGCAGAAGUGGCACAACCCUGGGCAAGCGUGCAUCGCGGAGUAGAUUCCACCCCGGCUCUCGGCAACAUUGGGCUCCCUGACUCGACCUUUUCGGAACGACCUCGGACGCCAGAGAUUUCCACCCCGAGUCCAGGAAGCGAUGCACACCUGGAUCCGGAGGGCGAGGAGGACCUUAGCAAAUCUCACAUAUUCUCCCACGAGGAGGCGGAAAGCAUGUACGCCAGUGCUUUUUCGGAGCUUCCGUCUCAACCGUCGAGGUCGAUGCCGGGUUCUUGGGACACUUAUUCCAGCCCAUCUAAUUCGCCACCACAAGACACCAAGAACGUGGUCCAGCCGUCCGACCAGCCGGGUGAUGAGGUGGAAGACAAAUUUGAGGAUCCUGAGAGUCCGUCGGUACGACCUUCACAUCCAAGUGAGGCGGUGACUGAAGUGGAACCUGAGGAAACGGGAGAUAAUGGAACUCUAAGUGAGAGUGUCUACGAUCCUCCCAAGGAUCUUCUGGUUGAUGCCACUGAGGAUAAAAGCGACGAUGAAGGUGAUAUUCGGGGUCAAGAUGAGGACCUGGAGAGCUCUCGGAUACGACAAAGUCUAUAUUCAUCUCAUCAUACCGAUAACUCACCCCUCGAAGAAGUUCCGCAACCAGAAGAGGAUGCCUCUGUCGAUCGACCUCCCACUCCCCCUCAGGACCAAACCCCACGCGGCCCGACUCGUCUUGUAAAAGAACUCAUCACCCUCGAUACCAUCUCCAUCUACGCGCCUCUCCACCACAAGCAUAUCCACGUCCAUCCCACACCAGACCCUUCCGAUAGCGAACCUAGCCCUAGUUUGAAGAAGUCUACCUCUCCUCAUCUACCGGGGGCAUUCUCGGUUUACUCCCAGACCCAUGACUCUUUUAUCAGCUCCCGCGGACCUCCACCCCAACCCCAACCCCAAGCCCAGCCUCACCAGUCGACACUGGAACCAGAUGAUAGCCUCGAAAUCGUGCUCUCCCCCAUCGACAUCCGCUUCGAUGCGUCCAUUGGAUUCCUCUUGGCAACCGUUAUAUCUAAACUACUCGAGGUUUUCAAUACACCUACCCAGGAGCCGGCAACACCAACUCCAGCAGCGGCCCAACCCAAUACCGAAGGCGCCCCGGCCAUGCCAGCGCUCAAAGUAAUGUUUGAGAAGAUAUCGGUGCAUUUCUUACAUCAUCUUAUGGGAGUUGCAGAUACGUCUGAAAGGCAUCUUAAUCCCGCAGCCUUUGAGUUUGAUCAGGUUACUCUUCUGCGUUGCGACCUCGAAGAACUCUCGGUAUCUGUCAAGAAUGCCGCGACAGUUUCCACCACCCUUAUAAAUCUGGGUAAAUUCAGGUUUGGGUAUGCUGAUAGCGACAUACUGUCGUUUGACCGCGCGCUCAAGCUCGGCGCAUCCGUCCGCGACGUCUUCCCUCCCUCGGGUGCGGACGUCUCCGUGAAGCUCACUCGAGCUGGCAAGGUCACUAAGACGGAAGUGACCACUCUAGCCCUGGUCGUCAAUCUCGACUUGCAGAGGCUGGAUGAGACCUUUAGUUGGUUUGGAGGACUGAGUAGCUUCCUUAAUAUGGGAUCUAGCAUGUCCUCGGUUGCCCCUGCUUCUGUACAAACGGUGGCACCUGUGACACCGAGCGCUAGAGGCGUCCGGUUUGAAACACCCAUCAACCCCAAUGACCGCUCCGCAGCGUCGGAUAACAAGAUGGAUAUGCGGAUUGCCGGGUUCUACUUACGGAUCGUUGGAAAAGAGUGCGAGAUGAGCCUUGAAACGAGUGCUGUGAAAAUGGUCAAACGAAAUGAGGGACUAGGUGUUGCCGUAAGUGCAAUCAGUCUAUCAGGGCCAUACCUGAGCAACUUGGACGCUUCACCGCCGAUCCGGGUUGAAGUCGAGGGUACACGGCUCGAAUAUCUGGCGUACCCACAAGACAGCGAUCUAGAGCGUCUUCUCAAGCUCAUUACCCCCUCCAAAGUCCAGCCAGACCUCGGAGAUAACGAGAUUAUGGUCGAUACUCUUCUGCGACAAAGGAGGAAAGGGCCGGUUCUCCGCAUGACGCUCGAUUCCGUUCGGACUCGAGUCCAUAAUGUCCCAUUACUCGCGUGCCUACCUGGCCUUGGCGAGGAAAUUGCCCGGCUCAGCACUGUAGCGAAGUACUUGCCGGAAGAUGAUCGGCCUGGACUCCUGACUCUGGGGCGGAUAAAGAACCUUGCAUUCUCUGCAGAUCUCGAGGGGAACAUCGGUAUGGUAAAGGCUUCGCUAAGGGAAUUCGAGCUCGCGCACAUCACCCUCCCUUCGUUGGUCGCCUUGGGUCUCGAGUCGCUUGUUGUGACUCGCAAUGAGACGGAGGAGCUUGUUACGUCACCUAAGUCAUCCGCUACUGCGGAUGAGCUCGUUUUAAUUGCUCGGAUGAUUGGGGAUGAAAUUGAGCCAAUCUUCAAGCUUAGGUUGCAGGGACUGGCUUUUGAGUACAGAGUCCCCACUCUCAUGGAUCUCCUGGGGCUUGGAAAGGAUGCCACACCUCAAGACUUCGAGGCCGAGCUAGCCGCCUCAGUUGCCAACUUGGGAGAACAUGCUCACGCUGCUCUUCUCAGGCAGCAGACGCAAUCACCCGCACUAUCCAAAUCCCAGGCCAAACAACCUGCGGCUAAGCCAUUGGCAGUCAGGAUUGUCUUCCGAGACUGCUUACUUGGUCUUAACCCCUUGGGUCUUCAAUCUAAGUUGACGCUGGCGCUUACGGAUUCCCGUCUCCAGAUGGUGCUACCCAAGGAUGAAAAUGUCAGCGCCGAGUUUGAGCUCAGAAAGGCGGCAAUAUUGCUCAUAGAUGACAUCACGGCUCUGCAUGAUGCCAGGCCUCCUUCCCGACCUCGCGUCACAAACGUACCGUCGCAACAAGUCAGUGAACUAUGUGCGCAAGGGUUUGUCGAGAUAUGCUUCAUCUCCUCGGCAAAGGCCUCAGUGGCCAUUACUACUCUCGAGGAUGGAGAGAAGCAAGUUGAUGUCUCGUUCCGUGACGACCUGCUGGUGCUCGAAACGUGCGCCGACUCAACCCAGACCUUGAUUGCGCUAGCGAAUGGCUUGAAGCCGCCGACGCCGCCGAGUAAGGAAAUCAAGUACAGGACAAACGUUAUGCCUGUGGAAGACCUGCUCUCAUCAAUCUCUGCCGAGGCUUUUGGAAACCCUGAAGGCGAGUAUGACUUUGAUAACGACUUUGCCAUUGCCCAGGAACUGGCGGGAGAUGCCGGGGACGACGAAGCUAGCGACGUGAGUCAGUUAGAGUUCCACGAUGACUACUACGGCGAGGUCGACGUGGGUGAGAAGCUACUCGAUGCUACGGCAUCUUCGUUGGGGUCGUUGCCGGCCUCUCAAGGAACGAAUGUCAGCGACCUGCACAAUUUCAAUAGUAAGGCCAGCACGGACAGUGACUUGGAGGAUACACACCUUGUUGUGCAUGACGAUUGGUUCGCUAGUGAUGCCUCAGAGAAGGGCACGGCGAAGGUGUGGAAUUCGGCCAGGAACACCUACGACCGGGCCCCGCCUGAGCUUGUCAAACGUAGCCCUCUAAAGGUUUCCGUGCUAGACGUCCACAUCAUUUGGAACCUCUUCGACGGGUACGACUGGGUGCAUACACGCGAUGUCAUCGCAAAGGCGGUCCACGAGGUGGAGGCGAAGGCUAAUGAGCGGCGUGCUCGAAAUGACGGGCUGAAUGUGUACGACGAGGAUCUUGAGGAUGAAGAAGCCGUCAUUGGCGAUUUCUUGUUCAAUUCCAUCUACAUCGGUAUCCCGGCGAAUCGCGACGCACGAGAUUUGGCUCGGGCUAUUAACCACGAUCUCAACGACAACGCGACCGAGACGGAAUCCAUUGCAACCACGGCAUUUACGACUAGUACCGCACGGGCUGGUGGAGCGCAGAGAUCCGGUCCGAGGUUGAAGCUCAAUCGCAGCAAGAGACACAAGAUUACUUUUGAACUCCAGGGUGUGGACGUGGAUCUCAUUGCGUUCCCUCCGGGCUCGGGAGAGACGGAAAGCUCUAUCGACGUGCGCGUCAAGAACCUCGACAUCUUUGACCAUGUACCUACAUCUACUUGGAAGAAGUUUGCAACCUACGACCAGGAUGCCGGGGAGAGAGAAAUGGGAUCGAGCAUGGUUCACAUUGAGAUGCUCAACGUCCGUCCCUUGCCCGAUUUGGCAGCUUCCGAGAUUGUCAUGAGAGUUACGGUUCUGCCGCUUCGGCUUCACGUUGAUCAGGAUGCUCUAGACUUUAUCACGAGAUUCUUUGAAUUCAAAGAUGACGAUGCGGUCGUUUCGCAAUCGCCCACCGAUAUGCCGUUCCUUCAAAGGGCCGAGGUCAACGACAUCCCUGUCAAGCUCGACUUUAAGCCGAAGAGGGUGGAUUAUGCCGGACUGAGAUCGGGACGCACGACCGAGUUCAUGAAUUUUGUUAUCCUCGAUGAGGCUCGCAUGGUCCUUCGUCACACCAUUAUCUAUGGAGUGUCGGGCUUUGAGAGGCUAGGCAGGACAUUGAAUGACAUCUGGAUGCCCGACGUAAAGAAAAACCAGCUUCCGGGCGUGCUCGCUGGCCUUGCUCCCGUCCGCUCCCUUGUUAACGUCGGGAGUGGAUUCCGCAAUUUGGUCGAGAUACCUUUGAAGGAGUACAAGAAGGACGGCAGGAUUGUGCGAAGCAUUUCAAAGGGCGCGACUGCAUUCGUCCGCACGACGGGCACGGAAAUCAUCAAACUCGGCGCCAAAGUCGCAGUCGGAACGCAGUACGCGCUCCAAGGCGCCGAGGGCCUGCUGGUACAAAGACCCGAGCCGGAACCCUGGGAGCUAGACGAGACCGACUCGGAGGAGCCGCGGCAGAUCAGUCUGUACGCGGACCAGCCGAUCAACGUCAUCCAGGGCCUACGUGGUGGAUACGCGAGCCUCUCUCGAGAUCUCAACCUCGCGCGGGAUGCCAUUAUUGCGGUUCCCGCCGCGGUGAUGGAAAGCCAGAAUGCCCAGGGGGCUGCGAAGGCCGUCUUGAAGAAGGCGCCGACUAUCAUUUUUAGGCCUGCGAUUGGGGCGACGAAGGCGCUGGGGCAGACGUUGCUUGGGGCGACGAAUUCUCUUGAUCCUCACAACAAGAGAAGAGUGGAAGAGAAAUACAAGAAGCGAUGA